UGUUUAAUAGAUAGCAAACCAAAUGUAUUAAAGUUUGCGUCUUUUUCAUUAUCAAUAAGUACAGCAAAGUAAGAUAUUUUCAACAAAAACCAGCUGUUGCAAUGAAUAUUGUGUCCAUGAACGGGUCGAUUGUCGCUUUCUCCCUUUAUUUUCCUCAAAUUUCUUAAGUAUUAGGUCAGCCAUAGAAAUGUAGAUUUUUAUCGAUGAAAACAUCCACGUACUUAAUUGUGUUGAGCAAUAUAUACUCGUGCACAAAUUCUUCUGAACAACAGCAGCACAGUCGCUGCAAAGAGUCUGUCAGCCUAGCCAAGAUGAAUCUCACCGAAGACAGCAACACAACACUUACCUGUGCUUUUGACUUUCUCCCUCUCAACCCAACAAAUGUUUCACCAGGUGUGUUUGCUACUUUCAUCGUCAAAACUAUCAUGAAUGUUUUCACCUGUCCGUUUACCAUUGUGUUAAAUAUUUUGGUGAUGAUUGCGGUGAAAACAAAACGACAGCUUCGCAUCAAAUCUAACAUCGCUCUCUGCUUUUUAGCCACAACUGACUUCAUUGUGGGACUAGUUCUUCAACCUCUGCAAAUCGCAACCUUUGGUUUGGUGCUUAAAGGCGGUAAGACUUCAAACGUGCUAUGUACUCUGAUCGUCGCAGCUAGGACCGUGAGCGUUACGUGCACUUUGGCAUCGCUCUAUCACUUGUUCGUGAUGAGCGGGGAACGUUAUUUGGCGAUAAAACACUCCCUCGCAUACGAGACGAGUCUGGUAACUGAAGUGUGCAUCAUGAUGGCCUCCGGUCUGUCAUGGGUACCCGGUCGUUCAUUGUGGCCAUUUGUUGACGUUUAAUUCUUCAAGUUUCGCAUAGAAUG